UACAAUAUCCGUCCUUGUACUUUGAUGUUUCCGGCUAUGGUUAAAGACACAUAUUGUAAGAUAAUGUAAACUAAACACAAUGAAAACUAGAAGUCUGCAGUUUUUUCUAUGGCUUUUAGGAUUAUUUACUAGUGUUACAGGAUCUACCAGAAUAUUAGAAGGAAGCGAAUUACUCCAAACAGUUGAAAAAAGUUCCCUCUCUCUGAGAUGCGAAUACACAUACAGCCAUACAAAUGAAAGUUUAGUACCCAUCUUCAGGAAAAAUGGACAAGAAUUGGUUGGAUUUGAGAGAAAUGUUACUAUUAACAUUGCGAGCGAAGGUUCAAUAACUGUAAAACUAAAUAUUUUCAAAUCGUCAACAGAUAUUUCAGACGGAGGAAUAUAUACAUGCAUUUCAAACGAUUCGUCAGUCAAUGUUACGAUUAUGGUUCUUGCAGACAACAGCAAAUUUGACCAAUCAUACAGUUUUAUAGAGGACAAAGAUUUAAUUCUAGACUGUCCAGUUCCAAGUUUUCUCCAAUCUACAGUUAAUUGGUACAGAGAUGGUUCAUUGUUAAAUGACGAUAGAAUAGUUCUGUCAAAUACACAGGGAAAACAAGAUGGUUCACUUCAACUUUCAGCAAUCAAAACUUCAGACAGAGGUCAUUAUACUUGCUCUGCAUCAUGGAGUAUUGGAAGAAAAUCUUUUACAACUUUGGUCCGUGUAAGAGAAAAAUUAGCUCCUUUAUGGCCGUUUAUUGGAAUAGUACUUGAAGUAUUGGUUCUUGUUUUGAUAAUACUGUUUUGUAAAGACAACAAAAAGAAAACAGACAGGAAAUCCUCUUGACAUUGAACAUUGUCGACAUUGAGCGAGGAAGAAGGGAUGUGGUGGGACAGGGACGGACACGCAAACUGAUACAGUAGCUCUCAAAUCUACAAAGAAUGUGUAACAUCGAUCAAUGGAUCUAUUCACAUCUCUGUUCGAUUAGAAUCAUCAAUAGAACAGCAAUAAUCAUGCACCCUCGUCCUCCCUAUAUAGUUUGCUUUAUUUUAUUUUAUUUCUUGCUAGAUACUUUUCCUAGUGAUCUACAUGUAUUCAAAAUGCACAAUAAAAAAUAUACUAUAGAAUAGAAAUUUAUCUA